AUGAAAGAAGGAGGGGAUCCUGAAGCCAUAACAGACUAUUCACUCUCGGACUGUGUCCAAGGGGACUGCUUCCGCAUCAGUGCUGUUCCCAGUGGGACCAUGGAAGGAAGAGAGAUGUCACCAAGUCAUCACUCUGAGGACAGCAGCGUAUUGGACCUACCCUCUGUUUGUGACUUGGCAGAGCGCUUUCUGCCUCCACACAGCUCUGAAAACAGCAAGGAGCUUUUUUGCUCUGUGGAUACUUUUCCCUCUCAACUGACAGGAGAGAACAAUCUACCCUCUGCAGUUCCUGUGAGCUUUUCUGCUGGAGGCUCUGAGAAAUCAAACGUGAGAUGUUAUCCAAAAGCAGGGCUGGGUGAGCCCACUGAACCUAACGAUGCUGCGCUCUCGUGGAUGUAUGAACAUGAUGGUGCAGAAGAUACCAGCAUCAGGAAAUCUCUUGAAGAUUUCUACAAAAUGUAUUGCAAAAACCGGCCAGACAGAAUGGAUCCCACCUAUGAGGCUGCAUCACGCAGUCUGUCGCAGAAGAUUUCAGAGCUAGCAAAGUGGGGUGGAACAAAAUAUGCGUUGCGUUGUCUGCAAAUGGCCCAGGUGGUCUUGAACAGAGACGGGUAUAAGAUCUUUCCAAACCACCCCACGACUGUUUGCUUUUCAAAACCAGCUGAAGGAGAAAUCGUGUUGGGAGACAGAAAGAGAACACCUGGACUCUCAGAUGACGUCCUGCAAUUCCUCUUGAAACAAACACAGACAGAACGUAGCCCUGACGUGUCGCAUGAGAAGUGA